UUGAGGAAGGAGAGUCCAACAUUUGGAGUUUGCUGGUUCUGCUGAUUGUUGAGGCCUAGGCAGGCAUCCCCAAGAGAAUUCAGAGGAGAAUAAAACACUUACUGUUACACAAUUUAAAAGAAAUCACCUUCUGCAGAAUGGAUUCUUAAGGACCUGACAAUGUCCCUGUAUUGUGGAAUUACUCGCAGGAGAAAAUCUUUUUGGUGCUGUAGGCUGCUGUCAACCUAUGUCACUAAGACACGGUAUUUAUCUGAGCUGAAGGAAGAUGAUGAUGCAUGUAAAAAAGCCCAGCAGACAGGAGCAUUUUACCUCUUUCAUAACCUGGCUCCUUUGCUUCAGAAAUCAGAACAUCAAUACCUGGCCCCCCAGCAUAGCCUAUUAGAGUUGGAAAGGCUCCUGGGUAAGUUUGGGCAGGACAUGCAAACAAUAGAAGAUUCCGUGCUAAAUGGAUGCUCCGAACAGCAAGAAGCAUGGUUUGCUCUGGAUCUAGGUCUAAAUAGCUCCUCUUCCAUAAAUGCUUCCUUACAGAAACCUGAAAUGGAGACAGAGCUCAAGGGGUCUUUCAUUGGGCUGAGGAAGGCUCUCUUUCAGCUGAAUGUGAAGGAUGCCUCCUUGCUAUCCACGGCUCAGGCUCUUCUCCGUUGGCAUGAUGCUCAUCAGUUCUGCAGCAGAAGUGGGCAGCCCACCAAGAAGAAUGUGGCUGGCAGCAAGCGUGUGUGCCCUUCCAAUAAGAUCAUCUAUUAUCCACAGAUGACUCCUGUGGUGAUCACUCUGGUGUCAGAUGGGACUCAAUGCCUGCUUGCCCGCCAGAGUUCCUUUCCCGAGGGAAUGUAUUCUGCCUUGGCAGGUUUUUGUGAUAUAGGUGAAAGUCUGGAAGAGGCUGUCCGGCGAGAAGUUGCAGAAGAGGUGGGAUUGGAGGUGGAAAGACUGCAAUACUCUGCAUCUCAGCACUGGCCCUUUCCUAAUGGCGCACUUAUGAUUGCUUGUCAUGCAACUGUGAAACCAGGGCAGACAGAGAUCCAGGUGAACUUGAGAGAACUAGAAGCAGCUGCCUGGUUCAGUCAUGAUGAGGUGGCCACAGCCCUGAGGAAAGACAACCCAUCUUAUCAGCAACAGAAUGGGGCUUUCCCAUUCUGGUUGCCCCCCAAGUUAGCCAUUGCCCACCAACUGAUAAAGGAGUGGGUGGAAAAACCGACCUGUUCUAUCCUGCCUCCUUAGCUCAGAUCAGGCCACCUAAUCAGAUAAAUCCCUCCUAUCUCAGAGGGGCACAUCAGAGAUCAACUGAUAAAGAGGUGGUGACAAAAGGUCAUCUCCAGGCCAACAUCAUAAGAAGGCAGAGCAGAUGGUGAGCCUACAGCAAGGCACAUCUGCCAGCAGUGUUAAUAAAAGAAGUUCCUAAUCAUAGGCAAUCAAAAAUGCCAAAACUGAUGAGAUGACAGUUGUCAAAAUCAGAGGGAAAGUUGAAGUAUUAGUUUGGAUAUGGGCCCUUGCUCAUUUUCUCCUGUGCUUUGGAAGCGAACAUCUUUUGGCACGUGGCUUGUCAAUGCUGGGUUUAUACUAACUGCCAAAAUGUGCCUGGUAUAAUUUUGGUUACAACUUUUAUCUUAAUAUUGAAAAUAUAUACUAAAUGUAAAGAUCAUUGUUCAUAACAGAUUCUACAUUCUUUUUAUAUACUCUUAUCUCUUAGGAUCACAAAGCAAUUAUAGUCAUUAAAAUGAAAAAA